AUUUCCAUCCCGGAAAUGCGAGCAACAUACCGGAAGUACGACUGGAGGUCUGGACGUGUCUCUGACGUCACCUGCCAAAGCGUUUCGCCCAAUGGUAUCCGUCUCCACUCUGCAGCCCAAAUUCAAACAACUGAGGAUCGGCUGAGUCUUGCCCAAGUGUUUGUUUUCAGUGUCGAAAUGAUGUCUUCUUCUGUGAUGGAUGGCUUGGGAAGAGCCGUGGUCGGAGUCUGGCGGGCCCACACUGCCCUCGAUGAGUCGGAGGGCCCCGAGAGCUCCCCGGAGGCCCCCGACCGCUUCCGCAAGCUGCGCUCCUCGUCCUCCCUCAACUCGCUGCGCAUGUCCCUGCGUAAGCGUCUCCCCCUGCGCAGCGUCCAGGCAAACUCCCUUCCGGAAAAUGCCAGCGACGAGCCCACCGAGGGGCAGCCCAAAACCAGCGCCGUCCGCAAGCUGACGCGCACCGCUCGGAAUUCAGUCAGCGGGGUGUAUCAGAGGUUCCAGAGGAGCAGGGAGUUCUCCCGCGACCAGUGCUUGGUGGCGACGCCGGGUCGCACCCGUGACGGGGAGGAACCCGCCUCCCCGGCGUCUCGCACCCCGAGACGCACCCCCAGGUCCGCAGUCACGACCGGGCGAACGCCAGGCUCCCGAGGGAGGAGCACCCCCGACGGCAACGUUCGUGGGGUGAAGCGCGGGGGAGGGAGAAGGCAGCUGGUUCGCAUGGCGGCGCUGCGAAGCCCUUUUGCAUCUCCUAACACGCAGAAUCAAAUGCUGAAAUUUGACCAGGAUCUGGAAUCUGUCUCAAGUGGACUCAGGAGGCUUAAACGUCUCUCGAGAGCCUUCGACGAGCUCAUCGGAAGAGAUGACAAGUGCAAAACACCAGACAUGUGUGGCGGUUCGUCAGCCACCAUGAUGAUGAUGAGGAAGCUUGACCCCAACGGGAAGCUCAGCUGCUCCAACCUGAGCCGCAGAGCCUUGCGGGUGUCAGGGCAACUUGGCGGCUGGGCCCACGCCCUCCGCAAAUGAGGGCUUCACUAAGUUUAUAUGCAUUGCAUGGGACCUUUUUUUUAUGUACGUUGCCAUGUUAUAAACACCAAGGUCUCUCUUUUUUUUUUUUUUUUUUUUUUUUUUAGCCAGAGAACACAAAGCUACCUUAUAUUACUUUAAAGAUUUUUUUUCCUCCAAACUCAUCUAUUUUCCCAUGUUGGUUGCUUUGCUAAUUAGGUAAUUAUGGGUCAACUAUUGUAAAGUGUGGCUACUAACGCUAUUCUUGUUUUUUGUUUUUUUUUAUGUUUGUCCUCUAGCUGCUACAACCAAAUGUAUUCGUUACAAUGUUCUGUAAACACUUUUUUUUUCUCCCCACAAAUUGGAACCUCUGUACUCAUCAACAUUUUAGUUCUUUGGGGUAGGGAAAAACACCUGAACUGUACCUGUAGAACUAACACUAAUGUACUAAUAUGCACCGAUUUUACUAAUAUUUAUGUCACUUCUUUUUAUAGGGUUUUCCAUCUGAAUGUGUUUUUUUUAUAUGCCUUUUGUAUCAUUUUUCUACAAACUGUAUGUCUCUGAAGCCGAUCUGGGCACUUUAAAUGUGACCUGUGGGUUAUUUGUGUCUACUUGUUUUAUAAUGUGAUGAGCAAGACUUUAUAGGUCAAAUUGAGCAAUUAGGUGCCAUGUAACACGUCCAUAGACCACCUUUCUACCUCCUGGAAGGGGUAAAAAUUGUCAAAAUGUGAAUAAAACUUGUUUAUAGUGCACGUGGUCAUUGGUCAUGAUAAAUUUCUAUAUUUCCAAGUCAUGUAAAAUGGGAAUGUAUAAGAAAGUAGUUUCUUUUCUGUGUUGUAUUGGAGGACUUCCCAAUUUGGGACGCAAUAGUGUUUUCUGGGAUUGCCCAUUUUUGAAUGUUCUGGGAGGGUAAGAUGCCCUUUUUUGUACAUACAGUGUCCCUUUUGUUCGUAAAAAUAGUCUUUUACUUUUGUCUGGAAAAAAAAAAUCCAGACAUUGUAGCACAUUUGCCAUGCAGUUCCAAGGACUCGGGUUCAAAUCCGGCCUCACUUGCAUGGAGUUUGCACGUUAUCCCUGUACUGGUGUGGGUUGUCUUCCAGUACUUCAGUUUUCUGCCCAUUCGAAAACCAUAGGUCACAUUGACCCCUCUAAAUUGCCCAAAAGUGUUUGUGUGAGAGUGAAACUUGCUGUGCCAUUGGCUGGUGACCAGUUCAAGGUAUUCUCCCGCUUCUGCCCAGGGUCAGCUGAGAUAGGCGCCAGCACCCCCCUGACCUGUGUGAGGAUAAGCGGAAUGGAAAAUGGAUAUGCAAUAAGAUUACAAAAGAAGAAGAAAAAUUACAGCAGGUUUGAUGUAUUCUUCUGGUUUAAAAAAAAUAUUUUUCGUCAAGUAAUUCUCAAGAGUUAAAGUGGUGAGAUGUAAAAUGGACUUAUUUACACAACUACAAAUCUGACAUGGUGGAAAAAUGCUUUAUGUAAAUAAUAUUGUUAUAAUGAAACUUAAAUCAUGGAAAAAAAGAAAUCAUUCCAAUGCACAAGUUGCUUUAUUUGUACACAUUUAUUUUAACAUGCAAUUAAAGGGAGGAUGCAGUGAAACGUUCAGUAAUGUAACGUGUUUUUUCCUAGCAGUGUUAAUGUUCAAAGGG